CCUCCAGCCCCGCCCAUGCGGAGCCCGACCCCAGCACGUGGGGGAGGACCGGGAAGGGCGCGCGGCCCUGGCCCCGCCCUCCUCGCUCCGGCCUUCUGCUUCCUCCCGGGUCGGUAGAGUCGGCACCUGCGCCUAACCGCGCACUAUGGCUGCGCUGUUGGCACUGCUGCUCCCGGCGGGCAGGAUGGGUGCCCGGGUCCGGCUUCAUGCCACCCGGCUCCUGGGCGCCACCACCCGCUGUCCCCCGCCGCCCCUGGCCUUGGCCCUGUUAAGGCCUGGGCCUGACGCCCGGCUGCUGCGCACCGCUGGUGGGGACUGCCGUGUCCACCAGGACCCCAACAGAGCCACUGAGGCAACAGGCAGCAACACAGGUGGCAUAGAAGGAAAGCAAAGCAAGUCACAGCAGCUGAAAAAGGUCUUUCAAGAAUACGGUAUAAUCGGCAUAUCUCUGCACAUUGGGAUCUCACUCAUCUCCGUGGGGCUGUUUUACAUGGUGGUCUCCAGUGGUGUAGACAUGUCUGCGAUCUUGCUCAAACUCGGAUUUCAAGAGUCACUGGUACCGUCCAGUGUGGCAACCAGCACCAGCACGUUUGUGGUGGCCUACGCAAUCCACAAGCUGUUUGCACCAGUGAGGAUCAGCAUCACGGUAGUCACUGUGCCCUUCCUUGUCAGAUAUUUUCGGAAAGUAGGACUUUUCAAACCUCCAGAUGCAAAACCUUGAUGGGCACCUUGGUCCUCAGCCCUGAAAACCCUGUUUCUUUUAAAUUACCUUAUUUGGAUUUUUAAUAUUGUAGGUUUUGGGGGGUUAGUAGGAAGAGGCCUGUUGUUAUGUUCUCACGGGUUAAUUUUACCUUUGCCAGCCAAAAGCAGGUUUUUGAAUAAUUGUAAUUUUUUUUUUUUUUUUUGCUUUUUAGUUUGUUAAUGCUACUCAUCAGAGGGCUCUGUACAUAUCUGUCAGCAAGACAUUACAAAUGAGCUAGCAUCUCAACACCACAAACACCUAUAGAUCAUUCCCUCUAAAAAACCACUGGUAAGGGUGUAACUGCAAAAAACUCAGGGGGCUAACCUUUGCUCAAGUUCUUAAAAAGCAAUGAUUGAUUUAGCUGGUUUUAAAAAUUUCCCCUCCUCUUGAGUUACCAUCAACGGCCUGCAGUUUAACUUGCAAUGUUCUGCAAAACAGCUGCUUGUGCUGCACAGUUAAUAGAGCAUAACUUAACAAUGUGUGCUAAUUCCACAAUCUAAAUUUAGCACCAGCCCCAUGACCCGCUUUACACUUUUGGGAAAAGAAAGCAUUUCUGCUGUUUCAUUGGUCCCAAAACACUUUCAAAUCUGAACAUGGGGCCCAUCUCCAAUGGCUUUUCUGAAGUCAAGAUCAUUUCUUUGUUCAGGUAAAACAUGGGAACCUUGUCCAAGAGCAUCACUUGGCUUCCAGUGCCCAUAUUCACAGAGGAAUUUGGCACAUAUGAAAAGCUGAGACAAUCUUUGCUUAACUCUCAAACUUCAGAUAUUCCAGAAGUCACAAUGUUUACACUAAUUACUUUUUUAAGCUAAAAUUAUAUACCUGAAAGAUUUAUAACACUUCCUU